AUGGGGGCCUAUGCCAUGGGAACUGAUAUCAACAUCUCUUCUGGCCCCGAGGGCAAUGCCACGGGCAUCACAGCCUUCUCCAUGCCCAGCUGGCAGCUGGCAUUAUGGGCCACUGCUUACGUGGUCCUGGUGCUGGUGGCUGUGACAGGCAAUGCCACAGUCAUCUGGAUCAUCCUGGCUCAUCAGAGGAUGCGCACAGUCACCAACUACUUCAUCAUCAACCUGGCGCUGGCUGACCUCUGCAUGGCCGCCUUCAACGCCGCCUUCAAUUUUGUCUACGCCAGCCACAACAUCUGGUAUUUUGGCCAGGCCUUCUGCUACUUCCAGAAUCUUUUCCCCAUCACAGUCACGUUUGUCAGCAUCUACUCCAUGACCGCCAUCGCCGCUGACAGGUACAUGGCCAUCGUCCACCCCUUCCAGCCUCGGCUCUCUGCACUCAGCACCAAGGCAGUUAUAGCAGGCAUCUGGCUGGUGGCCCUGGCCCUCGCCUUCCCCCAGUGCUUCUACUCUGCCAUCAUUGUGGACCAGGGUGCCACCAAGUGCGUGGUGGCCUGGCCCAAAGACAGCAAGAGCAAAACGCUCCUUCUAUACCAUCUUGUGGUGAUCGUCCUCAUCUACUUCCUGCCCCUCGUGGUAAUGUUCUUGGCCUACAGCGUCAUUGGCCUCACCCUCUGGAGACGGGCUAUUCCCACACACCAGGCACAUGGAGCCAACCUGCGCCACCUGACAGCCAAGAAGAAGUUUGUAAAGGCCAUGGUGCUGGUGGUGGUGACCUUUGCCGUGUGCUGGCUGCCCUACCACCUCUACUUCAUCCUGGGCAGCUUCCAGGAGGACAUCUACUACCACAAGUUCAUCCAGCAGGUCUACCUCGCACUCUUCUGGCUGGCCAUGAGCUCCACCAUGUAUAACCCCAUCAUUUACUGCUGCCUCAACCACAGGUUUCGCUCUGGAUUCCGGCUUGCUUUCCGGUGCUGCCCAUGGGUCACACCAACCCAGGAAGAUAAGAUGGAGCUGACUCACACGCCAUCCCUCUCUAUAAGAGUCAACAGAUGUCACACCAAAGACACUUUGUUCAUGACUGGGGACAUAACCCCUUCUGAGGCUACCAAUGGUCAAGCCGGGGGGCCUUAAGAAGUGGGUAGUCUUCUGGAACCUCAAGCCUUGUGCCUGGCCACAGGACAAGGCAGCUAAUUGAGAAGAGCAAAUAUAAAUGUGUGGCCCACACCCCAGUCUUCAAUGUGUCAAUAGAAAAAUCAGAAGAGUUCAGAGCCCGCCUGCUCAUCAAGGAGCAUUUUGGAGCCCAGUGGACAACGUAAGCCAACACUUACCUAAUUCAGGAGCUGCCAACUCAAAUGCUCCCUGAGCUGUACAACAUGAUGAACAGAUGAACAGGGCCCUGUCAGUGCUCCAAUAAAGGGUCCCUGAUCUCACCAGAGUGGGCAUAACAAGUCCUGGUUAAAGUUAGUA